CACACUCCCUAGCGUUGAAUUUGCGGGGAACGGCUUCCUGCUUAGAUUUUCUGCACGUGUAGAACCUCUCUGUGUUUAAUUUGUGAUGUUUGAAGAAACGGUGAGUUGAAAUUUCUAUCCCGAACAGUCAGCUGGGGCCUGUAGUGCGUCGACAUGCCGAAGAGCCUCAAACACUCACUGGAAGCUGGGCUGGGGUUCAUUGACUUUCUUGGAGACCGGAUAUCAAACAAAAGUAAACAACAACUUCGAGAAAUCUACAACAAUGAGUUUAGGAACAGAGAAGGAGGGAAACACCCCAACUUCUCCAACGUCCUGUACGCUCUCUUUAAAUUCAACAUAGUUGUUACCAAGAAGGGGAGAUUCUACAGAACUGCCAACCCUCCGGUCAGAGUGAAGCAGCAGGGAGCCUCUCUGCAGCAGCAGCAGCCACACAAUCAGAGAAAUGGAGGUCAGAAAACACACGCGCGUGGUACCCCACCUGCAUUGACCUCAAGGAAGGAAAGGGCUGCAGAACUCCUAAUGAUGGUCAAAACAAGCAGGAAACGGAUGACUGCUGAUAAGGAGGGAAUCGUGAUCACUUCAGACCCCGAAGCAGUUGAUGGGAAGGUUCACGUCAGCGUGACUCUCCAGCAGCCGUUCGUCGUGACGUUCCACAUUGAGAACAAGGGAACGGACUUCAUUCACUUCACCAACUACACUGUCCUCGACAGGAUUCGCAUUUUCACCUUUAAGGAUGAAAGAAGGGUGACAAAAGCCUCUCCCCUGUUCCUCUGUCCUGGGGAGCGCUACGAUGUUGUGGCCCAUUGCACGCUCAAGCAUUACGGAUACUUCCCUGCCACGAUCUUCUUCGAGUUUCAGCUGGACCGGCCGGAGCCGAUGACCGUUUGUGUCAUCAGGGAGAUAAAUGCUGUGGUCCAGACAACGCUGGCUGCAGAGCUGGGUCCCGUAGCGCCCUAUAAACCGUUCCGGGUGAUUAGAUCUAAACCUGCUUUUUCUCAGAUCGUGGAGGGAGUUCCACCUCCAAGUUCUGCCGUCCAGCAAAUGCAAACCGUCAUUAAGCUAGGAAACUACAAAUGCCCUCACCACAUUAAAGAACUAGCAAAACAAAGGGUGGACCCUAAAGACCUCUCUCCAUCAGCCAAACAGAACUUUGCACCGGUCAUGAAGCUUCUAGGGUCUUCUUUAGAUAUGAAGAACUACGCCCGUCGAUUCCACCUGCUGCUGCACCUGGAAGAGGCCCAGAUGGAAGUAGACAUCCAAAACUAUGACCUCCACAAUCAAACCAUGACCCAAGAUCCGACCAACAAGAAUCUCCUCGUAAUAAAAGUCCCCGGCGUUGCAGAAAAUCGUCCAUCUGUGCUCCGAGGAGACUGUCUGAAAGUGACUCGAUGUGACGAUAAGAGCAUUGUUUACAAGGGGUUGGUUCAUAAAGUUGAGCUGGACAGGGUGAAGCUGGGCUUCUCUAAAAAGUUGUUGGAGUGUUUUAUCACAAAUAUGAAGUUCGACGUGGAGUUCACCCUCAACAAGUUGACCUUGAAUCUGCAGCAUCGAGCGGUCGACCUGGCAGAAAAACACCAGCUCAGGGCGGUUCUGUUUCCUUCUGGUGCUGCGGUUUCCAGCGUUUCCCUCCCAGAACUCAGAAUGUUCAACCGUCAGCUGGAAAAAAACCCGGAGCAGAGUCGUGCUGUUCGUCAGAUCGUAGCCGGAUCAUCAAAACCGGCUCCUUACAUCAUCUUUGGGCCUCCGGGAACUGGAAAGACAGUCACUGUGGUUGAAGCUAUAAUUCAGGUCAACAGAACAGAUCCAUCGGCCCACAUCCUCGCCUGUGCACCUUCAAACACCGCAGCUGAUCUGCUCUGUGAGAGGCUGAGAGUUCACAUGAACUCCCACCAGCUGUACCGCAUGUACGCCAGCAGCCUAAACCCAAGCAGCAUUCUCAAGACUCUGCUGAAACACUGUAAUUGGGACGAGAAACAAGAUUGUUUUGUGUUUCCUGAGAAGGAAGUGUUAAUGAAAUACAAAGUCAUAGUGACCACUCUGUACACAGCUGGAAGACUUGUGACUGGAGGGGUCCGAUGUGGCCAUUUCACACAUGUGUUUGUCGAUGAAGCGGGUCAAGCUGAAGAACCUCAGUGUCUCAUUGCUGUUGCAGGUUUACUCUGCGCAGAAAAAGGUCAGCUGGUGCUGGCGGGAGAUCACAAACAGCUCGGACCAAUUAUUCGAUCAUCUCUUGCGAUGCAGCGUGGGUAUGGGCUUUCCCUGUUGGAGAGGCUCAUGCAGCAGGAACUUUAUACAGGAUUAGAAUCUUUUUAUGUCACAAAACUGCUGCAAAACUACAGGUCUCAUGAGGCCAUUCUGAAAGUGCCCAACGAGGAGUUCUAUAAUAAAGAACUGCAGGUGUUGGCUGACAAAAUGGAGCGUGAAACUUACUGCCAAUGGGAGGCUCUUCCUAAAAAGGGUUUUCCCGUGAUAUUCCACGGAGUGUUGGGGAAAGACGAAAGAGAGGCAAACAGUCCGUCUUUCUUCAAUGUGUCAGAGAUCGACGUCCUGAUGAUGUACCUUCAGAAGCUGAAAGAAACUCAGGGGAAGAAGGGUUUGCCCAAGCUGUCUACCAAAGACAUUGGCAUCAUCACCCCGUACAGGAAACAAGUUGAGAAAAUCAAGAAGGCCCUGAAGUCCGUCAAAACCUUGAGUCAGUGGGAUCUGAAAGAACUCAAGGUGGGAUCUGUGGAAGAGUUUCAGGGACAAGAGAGGAAGAUCAUCAUGGUCUCUACGGUCCGGAGCAGCUCCAACCACAUCAAGAUGGAUAAGGAAUUCAACAUCGGAUUCCUGUCAAAUGAAAAGCGGUUCAACGUGGCCUUGACCAGAGCCAAGUCGCUGCUUAUAGUUGUGGGGAAUCCUGUGAUCCUCAGAAAGGAUCCUGUGUGGAAGAAGUUCAUCACUUACUGCGUGGACAUGAAAGGCUAUGUUGGCUUUGACCUCAAGGAUGCAGAAGAGGAGGAAGAUGUCUUUGUGGCCAAACUGGCAUCGCUGAGGAUCAUCAACUCUGAAUGUCCUGAAGACGAUGCAAGCAACUUCCUGCAGUUUGUGAGUCCGGAAUGGAAGAAUGAACUUUAAGCUCUGUUCAGAGAUUUAGUCACGUGAAAAUUAGCAGAACAGCUCAAGAUUUGAUAUAUUUGUCCUUUUGCAUAUUUGUACUCUGAGAAUAUAUUUCUACGAAACUUUCUAGAACCUAUUUGUAUUCAUGCUUUUACAAAUGUUCUGAUUUAGUUUGAACUAAGGAGCUUUAUAUUUUCCUUAAACCCACUGGAAUGCUUUACGGUUCCUUUUUUAACUCUUACUCAGUUACUAGGGCUAUAAAGAAAUAUCCUAUGUGAACCACAUACAACUCCAUAGUGUUAAGUUGCACUGUGUGUUUAUCAACUUUUAAUUAUAAAGCGCUUUCCAUCAUCCUCAAGGGGGACCCAAAACGCUGAACACAGCACAAAUGAAACUGGGAUCAAAAGGAAAAUAAAACUAUUAAAAUCACCAAACAGGUUAGGUGAAAGCCAGAUGAUAACAAUGAGUCUUCGAGCGACUCUUAAAGCAGCCAACGAUGGAGACGGCUUCAUGUUCAGAGGUAACUUGUUUCAUAGGGGCGGGGCUAAAACAGAAAAUGCCCCAUCCCCAUGUGUCCUGGACCUGGAGUGAGGAACAGUCAACAGGAACUCUGAGUGCAGUGACCUUGAGGGUGCAUGUGUUUUUAGAACCAACAUUUCACUGUUUUAAAUCAGAAGCAAUAAAGUGAGUCUUGUCUCAAAAAAUGUUUUGAUUUAUUUUUUUAAUUAAAAAUAUUUCAGUGAGUUUA